AUAUAUUUAUGAUAAAUUAUUUUUUUUUAUAUAUGUAUAUGACUUAUGAAAAGAUGAUAGAAGUAAAUAUACAUUACUUAAUUUUUUUGAAAAUUUAAUUUAUAUGAUUUUUUAUAUAGUCGGUUCUUUUUCAGUGUGAACAACAACAAAUUACUGGGUUAAACACAAUAAUGGCGCCAAUGAUAACGGUGUCGGUGACAACAAUGUCGACGGUUAAGUCAACAAUGUCGGCGGCAGUGAUGCCAUCAACAACGAAGACAACGAAGGCAUCAAAGCCAUCGAAUGCAUUGAAGCCAUUGAAGGCAUUAGAGAUACCAAAAACAUCAACGACGGAGGCAUCAAUGAUAGUAUCAAUGAUAAAGUCACAUUUGACGCCUACAAUGACAGCAUCAACAGCACAGGUAGCAUCAACAUCGCUGGUGACAUCGACAGCGCCGUUAUCACCAACAGCAAUGAUAGUAUCGGUCGCAAUGACAACGUCGAAUUUUACGUCCGCAAUGAUGACGUUAUCUACGACAACAAUGACAUUGAUAACGCCGAAAACAUCAACAAUAACGUUGACGGCGCCGAUAAUGUCAACGGCAACAAUGGCGUUGAUGGCACCAAUGGCAUCAACAGCAUAUGUAACACCGGUAUCGUCAACGACAAUGAUGGCACCAUAUCUUAUGUCGACUACAGCUUUGACAACAAUGACGAGGUCCACUGAAACAUUUAUUACAUUAAGAUUUGCGACAGUUUGCUGGAUCAAAAUACAUGGAGAAAAAUUCCGCUCGAAAUUACUCGAUUGAUGUCUGCUUGUGAUUGGCUGCGCUGCAAUGCGUUCUCCAUAGAGACACUACAAUCAGAGACUAGUUACAAAAAAGUCACUUUUGAUUGGUCCGCCAUCUUUUGGCUAUUCCCACUUAUUUUUAAAUACAUUAACUACAUUAAUCUCAAAUUGUAAUAUUAUAAUUUAA